GGACCUUCGCAACACACUUCUACAAGACAAGUGAAGAUGGCGGAUGUGUUGAGUGUUCUUCGCCAGUACAAUAUCCAAAAAAAAGAAAUCGUUGCAAAAGGAGAUGAAGUUAUAUUUGGAGAGUUCUCCUGGCCAAAAAAUGUCAAGACCAACUAUAUAAUCUGGGGAACUGGUAAAGAGGGCCAGCCCAAAGAGUACUAUACAUUGGACUCUAUUUUGUUCUUGCUCAACAAUGUGCAUCUUCCACAUCCGUCCUACGUACGGAGAGCAGCAACAGAGAACAUCCCUGUUGUUCGAAGACCUGAUCGAAAGGGCUUGCUGUCUUACCUCAAUGGCGAGAGCUCGACAUCGACUAGUAUUGACAGAAGUGCACCCAUAGAGAUAGGUCUGCAAAGACCCACACAAGUGAAAAGAGCAGCUGAUGAAGUGUCUUCAGAAGCCAAAAAACCGAGGAUUGAGGAUGAGGAGCGAGUGCGUCUGGACAAGGAGCGUCUGGCUGCUCGUUUGGAGGGCCACAAAGAGGGCAUUGUACAGACCGACCAGAUCAGAUCUCUGUCUGAGGCCAUGUCAGUGGAGAAAAUUGCAGCCAUCAAAGCCAAGAUUAUGGCCAAGAAACGGUCCACCAUCAAAACAGAUUUGGAUGAUGACAUAACUGUAAAACAGAGAAGCUUUGUGGAUGCGGAGGUGGAUGUGACAAGAGACAUUGUCAGCAGAGAAAGGGUGUGGAGGACAAGGACAACCAUUCUCCAGAGCACUGGAAAGAACUUCUCCAAGAACAUUUUUGCCAUUCUUCAGUCGGUCAAAGCCAGAGAGGAAGGGCGUGCUCCAGAGCAAAGACCCGCACCGAACGCUACUCAAGUGGACCCAUCCCUACGGAACAAGCAGCCUGUGCCAGCUGCUUACAACAGAUACGAUCAGGAGAGAUUCAAAGGAAAAGAGGAAACUGAGGGAUUCAAGAUCGAUACCAUGGGUACCUACCACGGCAUGACUCUAAAAUCAGUGACGGAGGGAGCAUCUGCUAGAAAGGCCCAGACCCCUGCACUACAGCCUGUGCCUCGCCCAGUUUCACAAGCCAGACCGCCACCAAACCAGAAAAAAGGCUCUCGCACGCCCAUCAUCAUCAUCCCAGCGGCCACCACCUCACUCAUCACGAUGCUGAAUGCUAAGGAUCUCCUGCAGGAUCUCAAGCUCAUCACGUCAGACGAGAAGAAGAAGCAAGGCAUCCAGCGCGACAAUGAGGUUCUUCUCCAGAGGCGCAAAGACCAGAUCCAACCUGGCGGCAACACACUCUCCGUCACUGUCCCAUACAGAGUCAUCGACCAGCCUCUCAAACUAGCACCACAGGACUGGGACCGAGUGGUGGCUGUGUUUGUGCAAGGUCCUGCAUGGCAAUUCAAGGGCUGGCCAUGGCUGCUGCCUGAUGGCUCUCCUGUCGACAUAUUUGCCAAGAUUCGAGCCUUUCAUUUGAAGUAUGACGAGGCCAAGACCGACCCCAACGUGCAAAAGUGGGACGUGACCGUCUUGGAGCUGAGCCGCCACAGGCGUCAUCUGGACCGGCCUGUCUUCCUACGCUUUUGGGAAACCCUUGACAGAUACAUGGUGAAGCACAAAUCUCACCUCAGGUUUUAAACUCAGAUCGCAACGUCCAAAACCCAGAAAUCCUCAUGAAUAUUCGCCCCUCUUUGUCCGCUCUGCCAUCUCUAUCCGUGGUGAGCUGGCCGUCCGCCAUCCCAUCGUCCAACAUGACAUGUCCUAGCAAGAAGGAAUGAUGGAUCACCACCCCAAGCGGAUUCCUUUCCUGAGCACUUGUAAUGCCAAUUUAGUUUUUCCACAGAAAUGAGAUUGAUGAGGGUUUUGUUCUGUUUUAUAAUGUACUCACGUAGUCAAAAUUACAACAAAUCUGCAUUUAUAUCAGGUCAAGCAGGUGGCAUACCGUGAGACAUUGUAGCACCAACUUUCAGUGAAGAGGAAUACCGUGACUCAUUUAACACACUUUCCACUGAGUUUGAGGUGAGAUACAUUUGUGUUGCAUAUUUUGUAAUAUCUAUUUUGGGGUGUUUGCGGCCUGAUGUACAUACAUGCUAAAAGCAGAUGGAGCCAAAACUCUCUGGAGCUGAGACAAAAGGAUUUCAUUCUUGAGAAAGCAACUUCUGCUCUCUUUGGCACAUCCCUUUUGAUGAGGUCCUAACCCAGACCCGUUUAAUUAAAAUUUCCUUUUGAUGUCCUCAUAGAGCAGAGACAAAUAUGGAAAAGAUUGUUCUAAGGCAUUAAAUAGAUCGUCAAUAAAGCCUCUUAUGAAACAA